GUCAAGGUUUUCACUUGAUAAUGAAAACUCAAUUAUACUUUUUUCUUGCUUGGGUAUGUAAGUUGAGUUCGACAUCAAAGCUACGUCAUGCUCUCUACGUCACUGUGACUUAGCCCCACGGGGACAACUUGUAUGCUACAUAACAUCUGAGCAACCGGUGUCCAUCUUACGACCAAUCAGUCACCUGCGUUCCCAUCACAAUGCUCCCUGUUCAGUAGCAAAAUCAAUCAAUCAGUUGUGCUCAAUAACCAAGACACUUCGCCCCGAUGACAGGCUCCGGGGCUGAACAAGACCGCCUCGGCGGCUGGUUCGGUGGCAACAAGGCCGAUCAGGUCAAGGACACCGCGCAGCAGAACUUUCCUAAAGGGUCAGGUGCCGAGCAGGACCGAUAUGCUGGUUGGCUGGGAGGCGACAAAGCUGACAAAGUCCAAGAAGCUGUGCGAGAGCACCUCCCUAAGACCUCUGGGGCUGAGCAAGAUCGCUACGGGGGCUGGUUCGGUGAAGGUAAAGCAGGACGAGCUGCAGAUGCUGUGCAACAACAUUUACCUAAGACUUCUGGUGCCGAACAGGAUAGAUACGGCAACUGGUUCGGCGGAGGCCAGGCAGAUCAACUCAAGGAUGCCGUGCGGGAACAUUUGCCAAAGACCUCGGGAGCCGAACAAGAUAGAUAUGGCAAUUGGUUCGGAAGUGGACAGGUACAUGAAGCUAAGGAGGCAAUUAACAGGCACUUGCCUCAGACAUCUGGCGCCGAACAGGAUAGGUACGGAAACUGGUUUGGCCGAGGGCAACCAGGUCAAAUUAAGAACGCUGUGCAAGACCAUCUACCGAAGACGACUGGAGCUGAGCAAGACAGAUACGGUGGUUGGUUCGGUGGGGACAAAGCUCCAUCUGCUCGCCAGAUCCGUGACAGCCUGCCGGGAGGUUCUGGUGCAGAGCAGGAUCGCUACGGAUCUUAUUUCAACCUCACAGGCAAUGAGCGUUAUCUUGGAACCACCACUGUUGGACUUCUUCAGCACGCAGUCCUACCGUCGUUUGGUUUGCAUGCCGGGCUCGGUGCUAUUUCGUAUGGUGUAGCACGCUACACUGACAGAGCAGAAGUAAAGGACUACCUUUGGCCGAGCGGCCAGGUCGCGAAUGCUUGGUGGAGUGCUAUUGGAGUUCCCGUUGUUUACGGUGGUCUGUCUAUUCCAACUGCUUGGGCUGCGUUGUCAUAUGAUCAAAAGUUGCUGCUUACCGGCGUCAGCGCCUGGGGGCUUCGUCUAUUCUACCGAAUUGCUUUUCGCAGCUUGAGGCGCGGUGAAGACGAUGCGCGCUACGUGGUUGCUAAGAAGCAGGACCCCGGCUUCUGGAACAAGGCAUUUUUCAGCCUGUUUCUCCCCGAGGCUGUGGCUCAAACGCUGAUUACACUACCAUUUGUGCUUCCGUUCCGUGCUCCUGUCUCCAGUGCAGCGUCUUCUCUCAGUGUCGCUUCUUCGGCCAUCCCGCACAGUUUGGCUAUCUUCCUCUUUGCAACUGGUUUUGCUACUGAGAUUCUCGCCGACCGUCAGCUAGAGGCUCACAACCAAAAAACUGGUAACGCUACUCUCAACCGUGAAGGUGUGUGGAGCAUCGUUCGACACCCUAAGUAAGUGACUUCGUCUUGCUCUUUUAUUUUUAUUUUUAUAUCCACUGAACAUUGUGCAGCUACUUGGGUGACGCCCUGUGCC